UUUUGCUGUUUAUGUUCCUGAACGACAUAUGGAAAUGUCAAAAUGUUAUAUCCCUAAAGAUACGCGGAAACCGCGAAUGAGUGUUUUUGGGUUUUUUAUCGUCCUCAUAAUUAUUGAAUAAAUUGAAUGUGACUGUGAAAAAAAUAUUCGUAUAAGUUAUUUACGAAUCAUGUCUUACGCUAUAAUGCGCCAUUUACGUCGUACCGUGAUUUUAACACAACAAAUUCGUUAUGAAACGACCAUGACCAGUGUGACUCAAGAAGACUUUGUAUUUAAACCUCCUUUAACUCACUGGAGCAAACUUAUAAGAGAAGCGGAGAAGAUCGUGGGCUAUCCGACUUCCUUCAUGAAUUUGAGGUGGUUGCUAAGCGACGAAUUUGCUAAUUUGGCCAUGCAUUUGAGAAAAGUGGUUGGCAGCAAUCAUCCAAUAGUCAAAACUGCUAAAAACUUUUUAUACAAUGAACACAACAACCUACAGCCAUGGGGCCUCAUCAUUUUAUUGCUAUCAAAAGCUGUCACUCCAGAGACUUCAUCAUUACAAAAUUCAGCACUCGCCCAAGAUCAAAGGAUACUAGCUGAACUGACAGAAAUGAUUAGAACAGGUCAUUAUGUCCAUCGAGGAUUGUUAAACAUAGCACCUGAUGACCGAGACAGCAGUAUGGCCACAUCUAUGUUCGCAAAUAAAAUAGCCAUUCUCAUUGGUGAUUAUCUACUGGUCACUGCAAACGGAAUGCUUGCUAGGCUUAAAAACCAAGAUUUAUCAUACUUGAUAUCAACAGCAUUGAGAGAUUUGAGCGAAGGAGAGUUCUUUGGUGAAAGGGACAAUCAAAACAUACCCAUACCAGGCAAACCGGUGCCCUUUGAAACUGGAGAGUUCGAUAUAUGCAGUGAUACAACACCGUUAAAAGUUAACAAUAUACUAGGUGAACCAAUUCGGGAAUGGACUCUGAGAACUAUGUUCAAUGGGGGUACAUUAUUGGGCAGAGGUUGUCAAGGCGCAUUACUACUUUCAGGUCACGGUGAAAAAGAACAAGAAAUAGCAUACAAAUUUGGCUGCUAUCUCUGUUUAGCGUGGCAAGCUUCAGCUGAAAUCCAAAAAAUAACAUCCGAUAACAAAGAACAUUACUCAUUAGUCAGUGCACCAGUUUUGUUUGCUUUACAUGAAAACCCUAAAUUAUAUCAUGGUCUAGAAAAUGCUAAGAGCGUUUCAGACAUAGAUUUAGACAAAUUGAAAGUGGAAAUAUUGAGAACUAAUGCUAUAGAACAAACUAGAUCACUCUACAGUGAAAAUGCUAAUAAGGCAUUAAACUACAUUGAGAUGUUCGGUGAUUGUGAAUCUGUUGAUACCAUAAAGAAAAUGAUAAGAACUUUGUAGUUUAACAUUUAUAGACAGAUUUUUUACAUCUUAAAACUGUUCAAUGUUAUGUGGAAAGGAUCUACACCGUGAUCCCACUAUACCCUCAUAAGCAUCUACCUUCCCAGCUCUUCGAAGUAGGUAAAGAGACGCUGUCUUGAGUGACUCCACGCAUGCCCUGCACAGCGGCCCACAAAGAUUUAAUAUUAUAAAUCAGUAAGCAAAAUCUGUGAUUCUGUACCAUUAGCAUGGUUAUUUAAGUAAUGAAAAAUACCCAAUUUUUAUUGAUAGCAUUAUGCUUCAAAUUAUAGGUAUAUUUUCUUGUUACCUUAAUAGAAUGUGACAUAAUUUAUUGUGAGUCUGAAGAUUAAAGAUUAUGGAAAAUAAUGGCUGUAGGCUACUUUCAAUGAUCCUGUGCA